AUGAAGAUUCUUGUAAUACUUUGUGUAGCCUACCUUUCGGAGCUCUGUAGUUGUGAAAGUUUAGAUGACAUAAUUGCCACAUUUAAUGGUGAAGUAGCAAAGACCCAAAAGUUUUUGGAAGAUGCCAAAUCGACCCUAAAGGGUGCUGAAAAUGCACUUGAAGAGUAUACCAAAGCUUGUACAGGGAUACAAAAUUCUAAAAAAGAAGAGCUGGAAAAAACUAAAACUGCCCUUGAGGAUACACAGAAGACCUUAGACAAAGUACCUGAAUCUGAUGGUGUAUUAAAGCUUCUUCAACAGGUAAUAGUAGCUCUUCUUCCGGAUGCAAAGUACGAACUAUCGUCUGUAGAAGAUCUGGAGGAGGCUGUUAAGGAAGUUUUGGAGAAAGCAGGAGCUUCUCUGGAUGUUCUAAAGACUCCAGAAACUCUGCAAAAUUUAGAUGAUGACAGGCAGAGGCCAUUGGAGACUCCUCCAGUAAAACUUAAUGAUGAAAAAGAGCCAGGAGAACCAGAGGCUCCACUGAGGAAAGAUGGUGAUAAUCUAGUUGAACAAGUUGCAGUUUCUCAAGAGUCCGGAGAUAUACAUUCUGAAAAUUCUACGACUCACUCUGACGAGCAAUCUGGGUCUGAUGAUUCUGCUAGUCAAGACGCUGAAUUUAGUGAAGCUGCCAGUGAAGUGACCACUGUCGAGCAGGAGGAACAAGAUAGUGCUCUAGUAGAACCUUCUCAACCAGAUGUCGAUACCAAUACUAAUGAUGAAUCUACACCCAUUGAGGGCUAUGACAAGAAGAUGAAGGAAACAAACGACUAUUCAGAUGAGAUCUCUUCAGGUCAGGAAUCUCAUAGCCUUGGUUCUUCUGAGCUUAGGGGAAGCAGAACAUCGAUUAGUUCCAGGAGACAAAACCGUAGAGAUUCUACAGCGAGCACAGUGUCCACAGCUAGUACAGCAUCAACUCUUUCCUUGGAUCAAACUAGUGGAUCAGCAACUUUGAAGUUAACAAAACCUGACGACUCAAUCUAUCAGUCCUUCGACUACUACCAUGAUGACAACCAUAUUAAACUGGUCCUUCCACAGGAGGGUGUGAUAGUGACGAAAAUAUCAGAGAAUAGGGGUAUAUGGACAGGUAAAGCCGGAGAGACCCUUGAAUACGCUAAAGUCUACCUUAAAAAGGAUGGUAAACUUCAAUUUGUUAGGGUCUGGAAAAGGGACUCCUCAGGCAUAAACUGUUUGAAUUACACAAGGGGUAGGAUAUACGGAUGGUCAGAAUUCAAGGGUGAUAUCAGCACAAAGAUAAACCCACUUAAGGUUGCCACGGAACACAAGGGGGACUCCAUCAUAGACUUGAAGAAGGAUGAAGACACCAAAAAAUGCAGAAUCUUUAGUGUAAAUUUCCUUGGGGUUCCUACUCGUUCAUAUUCUCCAAAACCAGGUUAUUAUGCUACUGAGGUCAAAGAUGGUGAUGAGUCUCUAUGGAAGGCCUCUGAAGGCACAGAUGAGAAAUGCUUAUCCUGUGAGCUUUACACCAAGGAUGAACCUUUUAUUGUUCUAUUAACAAUUAAAGGUGCUAAUCGCAAUGAGAAUAUAUAUCUUGAAAAGGCAGAUCAAAAGUGGAGGGAGAUAGAGAAAACGGACUUUGACAAGAAAUUGGAAAAACUAACCACAGGAAGUGUUUGA